AUGAUCAACACAAACUACAAUGACGACGUGAUGAGCCCAAACCCAAUACACAAUACUGAUUCACUAAAUAUAACCCCAGAUAGAAAAACUAUUCUCAUACUUACAAAAGAGUAUCAUGAUUUAUUGUUGGAACCAAUAGAAGGAGUAACAGUCCAUCCGGAUGAAGCCAAUAUUUGCAUUUGGUAUUUCUUAAUUCACGGUCCUAUCAACACCCCAUACUACAAGGGACUAUAUAUUGGAGUAAUAAUAUUUCCUCCAAACUUUCCAUAUAGCCCUCCUGAGAUCCAGGUGAUUUCACCUAAUGGUAAAUUUAAACCAAGACGGUCAAUCUGUCUCACACUCUCAAGCUUUCAUGAGGAAUGUUGGAAUGCAUCCUGGACGUUUGAAAAGAUUAUUGUUGCCUUGGUGUCGUUCAUGGUUUCGGACGAACUCACUUCAGGCUGCUACAAAAAUGAAAUAAUAACAGAAUUUGAUAAACUUGUAAUUGCAAAAGAUUCAAAAAAUUGGUUAUAUUACAAUUGCAGCAUCUUUAAAAAAAUGUUCCAAAACGAAUACCAAUUAAUGCAUAAAAUUUACAGCUCGAACCUACCCCAUCACUCAAAAAUUUUUUUAAUCGAUAUACUACUUAACGAACCACUUCAGGUAUCUACGAACGUGUUUAAUGUAAAUAAAAGGCUAGAGGAUUAUAUCGAGAAUUAUCUCCAGAUCGAACUUGUGGUACUGGAUUAUACUCAAGCUAAACGGAACGAGAUCUUACAGAAAUUUUUUAAGUUAUCUACAACCCGUGAGGAAAUCCGACAACUAGAAUUGUUUCAUUCGGAAUACUAUCAGUUAGAUGGACUUCUGCACAGUGACAACUUUCUUUCUGAUGACGGGGAUGAAGAGGAACCAGAGUUCUAUUCAACUGAAGAUGAAGGGUAA